CAAGUUUGUCACCGUUACCGAAACAAUGUAAGCUAAUAAAAUUUUAAAUAAAAUCAAAACUCAAAAAUUUUACGUGCAUUUUAUCAGUGAACUGUUACUAAUUAAAUUUUGUUAUUUAAAAAUUAUAUUUUUACAAAACAUGCUGUCGUCUCCGAUAAGAUACUGUGGCAUUAUGGUUUACAGAAAUCAUAGCGCUUUGCCGAUCAAUAAAAAUAAUAUGGUGCAAGCAGUGGCUGGUUUUGGAUUCAGAAAUUAUGCGAAAAAUGACAAAGACUGUUGCAAAGACGUCGUGCAGUCUGAAGGGAAGCGAGUAGAGGGCUGGCCAAAGGAGGAUCCUCCGCCGCCAGCGUGGCGUUGCGAAUGCCCCCGGGACCCGCAGCCCCCCAACUAUGACCCAUACAGGAUCAAGGUGCCGGAUGUUAUGGUGCCACCGCUACCUCCGAGCAACGCUAGGCCGAUGUUUGAAUGCGCGAAGACGAAAGGCCCGUGCUCUGUGCAGCCUGUGCCGAGAGGUCCGCCGUGCCCUCCGCCCCCGCGGCCUCCCUUCCCCUGGAUAUACGUGUGGGCGGUCGCGACGUUCUUUGCUACCAUGGGGGUGCUAUAUCGUAUAUUACUCUGGAAAGAAGAGGCGGAGAAAGAGAGCGAAAGUACUCCCGUUUGGCGACCGCGGCGUAAGGUCAAACGGCCGUAUCACGACAAGGACUUGCCGGCAUGCGUCCAGUACCUGAUUGUGGGUACGGGUGCUGCCGGCUGGGCUGCCUAUAGAUCCAUCAUGGAGCACGACAAAACUGCUAAGGUAUUCUUUAUAACAAGCGAGGAUUGUUUGCCGUACAAACGCCCUGAAAUGUCAAAACACAUGUGGUGGAAUCCUGAGCCUCCCGACUUGAAGAACCUGCACUACGUUGAAGCCGGCAGAAGAAAAACAAUGUAUUACGCGGACUGCAGCACUUUCUUGGACCCCAUACUGUUCUACCGCCAGAAGGUGGGGCCCGCCGUGUCGAUCGCCUCAGGCUGGUGCGUGCAGAGAGUGGAUGCUGAGAAUCAUGUCGCUUACGUCAAGACUAUGUGCGGUGAACAGCCUAUAUACUACGAGAGGUGCUUGCUGGCUCCAGGGUCCAAACCAAAGAACCUAAGCGUCUUCAAGUCGGCCCCAAAAGCGGUUCGUGACCGAGUGACUACGCUGCGGACUAUCAGGGACUUAGAGAUUGCAUACAGAAAGGUCAAGGCAUCGAAGCGUGUGGUCAUCAUAGGCGGAGGAGUUCUUGGAAGUGAGCUGGCGUGGCAUCUAGGCAGGAUGAAUAAAGUGGUGCCGCGUAAAGAAGAGGAGGAGCCCAUAGAAUUCGUGCACAUCUUCAAGGAUAAGGGCAUUCUGUCCAGCGUGAUACCCGAGUACUUGGGCGAAUGGGCCGUAGAGAAGAUCAAGUGUGAGGGAGUCACCGUGUUGCCUAAAACUCAAGUGUACGACGCGUUCGAGUCUGCCGACGGGCGGGUGGAAUUGACGUUAUCCAAUGGCACUUCCCUCGUCGCCGACUAUGUUUUCGUAGCACUCGGCGCAGAACCACGUACAGAGAUGGCACAGCCGUCGUUCCUAGAAACUGACGAUAUCAACGGAGGAUUCUUGGUGAACACGGAACUGGAGGCCAGGACGCAUCUCUAUGUGGCCGGCGAUGCGGCCAGCAUUUAUUCACAAUGGAAGGACGCGCGGCGUCGCUACGAACAUUUUGAUAUGGCAGAAGAACAGGGAUACUUGGCCGGUGCCAACAUGACUGGCUAUUGGCUGCCCAGUAACAUGGAGCAGCAUUACUGGUUGAAUUUGGGUGAUGCUUUACAGGUCCAGGUGGUAGGCGAAGUGGGAGGUUGUAUGCCCACUGUUGGGCUUUUCAAGCCGUGCGGCAACGAGACUGCUAGCAAACCUCAACCAGUAGGCCCUUCUGGCGAUACGCCGUGCUAUAAGAAACGCGAAGAAUACCAGAACAGAUACAAGCGCGGCAUGCUGUUCUACCUUCGCGAUGAGACCGUGGUCGGUAUGGUCUUCUGGAACUUCCCGCCAAUCGAGGACAGGAAGGGAGUGGCCACUGAGAUUUUGCGCGCUAAACCUUCGUAUAAGGAGAUCAAUCUGCUCGCCGAGCUGCUGGGCUUCCCCGAGAUGCAAUGUGACUACGUGCCCGAAGAACAUUUGAAGGAACCACCGCCCUGUUUCAGGAGGCGACGAGAAUUUUAAGUGACUGCGUCUGUAAAAUACCUCUACCAUGGAAUCAUCAUUAAUGUUUAGGAAUCUCUUUAACUGGAAAUACACUUCUACACGACAUUAAAGAGUUUAAGGAUAUCUAUUUAAAGAAAUUAAGUUAUAUAAAUGUUGAAACUACAAUGAC